UCGUCCCUCUUCUUCUUCUAGUGAAUCAUGGCUAUAACUCUACGCUCAUCAAUCUCCUUCAUUGGUCGCGUAGACUCCAAUUCCCAUAAAACAUCCGACGACCUCCCUGUUUCGAUGACGACGUUGUCUAUUGCCGACGGUUACAAUUACAAAGCAGCGUCAUCGUGUCGACGGCUCCGGGCCGUGAACUCAUCUCGGCGUGAGGUGGUUCAGCGGCGGGAGGAAGGGCCGGAGCUGCUCCACUCGCUCCCUGCGGCCGCGCCACACGGAGGCGGAGGCGCCGCCGCGAGCGGGGUGCCGGUGUACGUAAUGCUGCCGCUGGACACGGUGUCGCCGGAAGGAAGGCUGCAGCGGACACGGGCGCUAGCGGCGAGUCUGGCCGCUCUGCGCAGCGCGGGAGCGGAGGGGGUGAUGGUGGACGUGUGGUGGGGGCUGGUGGAGAGGGCGGGGCCCGGGCAGUACGAUUGGGGUGCGUACGAAGAAUUGGUCCGCAUGGUGGACAGGCACGGGCUCAAGCUGCAGAUGGUCAUGUCGUUUCACCAGUGCGGCGGCAACGUCGGGGACAACUGCCGCAUUCCCCUGCCGCCGUGGGUGCACGAAGAAAUCAGCCGGAAUCCGGACAUCGUGUACACCGAUCGGUCGGGCCGCCGGAAUCCGGAGUAUAUCUCUCUCGCCUGUGACACGCUGCCGGUGCUGCGCGGCCGAACGCCCGUCCAAGUCUACUCCGACUACAUGCGGAGCUUUAGAGAUCGCUUCGGAGGCUUCCUCGGCGGAGUAAUCGCGGAAAUCCAAGUGGGAAUGGGACCUUGUGGAGAGCUAAGGUAUCCUUCGUAUCCAGAGACCAAUGGCACUUGGAGAUUCCCAGGAAUUGGAGAGUUCCAAUGCUACGACAAGUACAUGAAAGCUUCACUUCGAGCCGCCGGAAUUGCCGCGGGCCAUGAGGAGUGGGGUCGCGAAGGUCCCCACGACGCCGGCCACUACAACCAGUUCCCCGAGGACACCGGAUUCUUCAGGCGAGAAGGUACUUGGACCAGCGACUACGGCAGGUUCUUCCUCGAGUGGUACUCAGGCCAGCUCCUGGAGCACGGCGACCGUGUCCUCGCCGCCGCCGAGGCAGUAUUCCUCGGCACCGGCACGAAGCUCUCGGCGAAGGUCGCAGGGAUACACUGGCACUACCGCACGAGGUCCCACGCGGCGGAGCUGACGGCCGGUUACUAUAACACGCGAAACAGAGAUGGGUACCUCCCCAUUGCACGAAUGAUGGCGAAGAGAGGCGCGGUGUUGAACUUCACGUGCAUGGAGAUGAAGGACGAGCAGCAGCCAGGCCAUGCCGGUUGUUCGCCGGAGCUCCUCGUGCAGCAGGUCAAGCAGGCAACGGCGGCGGCCGGAGCAGAACUCGCCGGGGAAAACGCUCUUGAGAGGUACGAUGAAGCGGCAUAUGCACAGGUGGUGGCUACGAGUAAGGCUGCAGGGCUGAGUGCCUUCACGUACUUGAGAUUGAACAAAAACUUGUUUGAAGGAGAGAAUUGGCGACACUUCGUUGGGUUUGUAAAGAGCAUGAGAGAGGGAGGGAGGAAAAAGGGGCUGCCCAAAAGUGACACCACUCGCUCUGAACUGUACGUUGGAUUCAUAACUAGCGCUAACAAAAAGCCAGAGCUUGAAGCAGCUUCCUAGCUGGUAACGCAACCUGAGGAAUCUGAUACUUCAAGAACUUGUUACCCAUUUGGAGGUGCCUAUCUAUGCAUUGUGUAUUGUAAUUCUCAUAUACAACGUCACACCGACAAUCAAUUCUUAUUUUAUUAUACGAGAUCUGUUAUGUUAUUUAUAUAUUUAAAUAAAUUUUAUUUUAUCA